AUGUCAGAGGUACCGGACAUCCACAUCAAGAUGAGCUACGUCGCCACAGUGUCACCGUGCCAAAUCCUGCAUGGUCGACUCACGAGGGAUUUCCAUGCGUUAGUGCCUGUGCACGGAGACAGCUGGCUGGAGUACACGAGCUUUGUGCGAGGCGGCACCAAUGUACCGCCGGCGAACACAUACACCAAGAUGUCUUUCCAGGCCGCGCAAGCGGCACGGACCCACAAACUGUGUGACAGGUCCACGGUGCGCAACGUGGGCAUGAACCAGCGUGCACAGCUCGGCCCUGACGCCGUUGCUGUUAUGUUGGACGAGUUUCUGCAGAAGCUUCCUGCGGACAACAGUGUUCGAGCUGUGAAAUUGUAUGGGGUGUGCUGCGGAAACCCCGAUUGGUCCAGUGGCUUCCUCCAGACCCUAUGCAAUCAACAGCGCAGCGACGCCGUCCAAGUCAAGAUGGCCGCCGUGCUUGCCGAUGUCAAAGAGCACAGAGUCACCAUCAACAAGGUGCACGCUGUGGAGACUGUCGUCCCCUUCUUGCAGUGUCUGCGUCUGCCAGACUACCGGCCACUGGGGCCAACGCCUCCAGGCUGGGAGGGUCAGGAGCCAUCGAAAAGAAAAUUGUGGCAGGAGUUGGAGAAGGUUCGCGCCCAACUCAGUGUCAACUGCGAAAUCACGGACACCGGCUCAUUGCGGUUGAAGGACUGCCCUGCGAAGCUGGCUGGGAUUGACAGUGUCAAAACCGCCCGUACUCAGUUCCAGGCAGCGUCACAGUCACUGGGUGAGCCCGAAAGCACCACUGCCAGUGUCCAAGCUUCUGAGCCAGCGCCCAUGGACCGCGUCAGUGUGAAUGAGGACGAGGCGUUGACGCACACAGCCUUUGAAGCCAGAUACAGCGUCGAGAGCAAGUCUGCGGCAAGCCCUCGAAACUUCUUCUUCGUGCUGGCCAAGUUGAAACCCCAGCAAGAGUGUACGGAGUCGGAGUCAAGGACAGACACACACCUCACGCUUUGGAUUUCCAACGAGACCGACAGCGUCAUCAAGAUGCCGGCGAACUCGGAGGUUUGUGGCUUGGGGAGGAUGGUCUUCAAGCAGCUGUCGGGCCAGGGCAUUGACAGUGUGCAAGGUCAGAGGGCUGUGAAAUGGGAUUUCGCUGGCGCCGCAGGAGUCGGGGUCGCGGCCAACACCUUCAAGCUUGCUUUCGAGAAGCCCGGAACAACAGGCUAUCGUGCUAAAACAUGUUCACAGUGUCUCAGGCCGGGUACCAGUCUGGAUUUCUCGCGAUACAUGUCAUGA